UGGUCUGUUUUCAACUCUUCUACAAUUUUAUUUGCUUCUUAAGUAUGCAGUUGCACCUAAAUUAAUUAUAAUUUGAAGUUAAAAAAACAAAUAGCCAUUGCUCGUAAAGUUACAGACAAAAUUCCAAGCACUGAGUUUGUGGAACAAGAAGCUCUGAAGUCUACAGAACUUUGGACUAGUCCAUUAACUUAUGGGAAUCGUGUUUCACAGUUGGUCUCACCAAAAAUCAAAGUCCCAAUCAAAGGCAAGAAACUUGUUUGUCCUCUGGAAAUGUAAACGAAUGUUGGAUAUUCUCUUCGCUUCUGAUAAGAAGAAUAAUGUUGAAGAAUAUGUUUCUUGGAUUCUAACAAAUUAGGUAAUCCAUAGAAGCAAUCAGCGAUGUUGUUUUAGUAAAUUUCUAGUUAUGAUUACAAGACUUCCAAACUGAUAUCGGGCAGUUGCACACGGUGAAGACCACACCGCUUGACCCUUGGAGACUGGCAGCCCUGCUAAUUUUGGACAAAAAUGUUUAUCAACAGGAUUAAAUGGUGCAACAUUCAAGAGUUCAAGUUUGUGUGAGUGAUGAUGUUAUAACACUGGUCAGAACGUGAUUUAUUUAAACCUCAAGCAAAAUGGCAGACAUUGGGUUGGGGACAAGAGCUCAAACAACUCUGACCAAUGGAAGUGCAGCUUCUACCUCCUCUGAAUCGGACAAAGAAAAUAUGCCGAGUACUAUGUCAUGUGACUUCGAUACUCUAUAUCAAACUUUUCUAGAAAAUGUAGCUCCUCCACCUGGACAGAUGAAAUCCAGGGAUUCAUCCUCGUCAUCCUCUUCACGUCUCGACCCUUUAACUGAAAAUACGCCGGUACGUUUCACAAGUUCUAAUUCCAAUCCUCAUGCUACAAGUGCAGAGGACGGUAAAGGUAUGCAGCAAUUAAGCAGACUUGUUAAAAUGAUGGAGCAGAUGUGUGUGUUGACUGAACAGAAUACAAAACUGCGGGAACAAGCAAAUUAUCUUAGUGCAAUGAAAGACCUGGAAAAGUUACGCAGUGAGAAUUUGAAUAAGAAAUAUGAUGCAUACGGAAAUUUCACUUGCAAUGAGGACUACUACAGGAGCCCACAUCAUGUUGAGGAGGUCGUGUCUGAACCGGAAAGUAUUGCCGGAGAGGAUAUUAAUGCAGCGCGAGAGAGGAGCAAAACAAAACGCAAAGGGCGAUCAACAUCACGGAAUGGGGUUUCUGUGAAUAUGAAGACACCUAGAAGUCAAUCUCAUGGCAGGGUUGCCGAUGAUGAUAGUGAUCAUGCGAAAAAGGGAAUUUUUAAUUUUGUACAUAAAAUAACAUCAAAAACAAAAAAGCAGGGCAGUAAAAUGGAGGACAGUAAAAUAAGCAAAACAAAGUAUCCAAAAGGAAAGGAUCAUCUUGUUGAAAUUUCUGAGCCAUCAGUAUAUUUUAAAACUAAUGAAAAUUCCGAUAUUGAAGAGGUGUUUGAUAAAUCACAAAGCUAUAGUGACGGGUAUUUUCAUACUAAAGAAAGCGACCUCUCAACAAGCUCAAAUGACGAACUUGUAGAUUCUCCAGGUAAGCCUACCCUUCAAAGAAGCAACCAUGUUUUACGCGGUAAAAGAGUUAACCUAGCCCGUCAGACUUGUGUUACCCACGAUUAUACUGAAUCAGGUUCUGACUACCACAGCGGUCACCGAAGAGCAUUGUCGUUUGAUGCAAUUGAGCGUAAUGACCGGGAACCAGAUACUCAUAUGCGAAAGUCUGAUACACAACCAGAUAUUCAGGUAGGAUCGGCUCAGCUUGAACAAACCAACAAAGAUAAGGGAAGAAGACUUGAAGGUAGAAGCGCAUCCUCAGAUAUGCUGGUUUCUUCAAAACCAACUUCAAAUGAGAAACGCGGCAAAGUAACCUCGGGAUGGGAUCAUAUAAAAGAUUUUAUUCGGAACAAACCACCGGGACAGUGUGAUGUACAGUUAGAUAGUCGAGAAGGGCCUAUUGAGAAAAGAGCAACUCUGGCCACUGGAACAGAUCUCAGUAAAGAAUUCCCUUCAACCACAUGGUACGUUGCCCUUGGUGAUACUAAUCAAGCCCUUGCUCGUUCUGUCCCUGACAACGUCCAUAAAGCAGAACUUUUGGCCAACAAUUCCGAUCCAAUACAAAGUCUACAGAUAAGUUUACCGGGAGACUUCAGCAAGUUGAUGGAAGAGUGGGACCGAAAACGGUUAAGCGGUACUGGCAACAGUAAUUAUACAGCUGCAGAGAAACCUUCUACCAAAAAGCGAAAAACAGGAAAACCUAGAAAGGAUAAUAAAUCGAAUCGUUCAAAAAAUGGGAAGAAAGAUAAAACAGAAGUUCAAGCAACUUCCUCUGAACCUGGAUAUGGGAAAUCAUUGGAAAGGGAUGGUCAAUUGGAUGUUGGCCAAGAGGUGGAUAUGUCCAAACUCACUCCAGAUUUUAAGUUGAAGUUAAAGGAAUGGGAAGAGAAGCAAAAAAAGAAACAACUUGUCCGAGUUAAGUCAGACAGUCAAGCAGACCAACAGACAAAAAUGAGGUCUUAUCCACAACGUAGCAUAUCCACUGAUCUAGAGCUUGAAACAGAGCAUCAUACAAGCAUGAGGCCUUAUCCACAACGUAGCGCAUCCACUGAUCUAGAGCUUGAAUCAGACCAACAGACAAAAAUGAGGUCUUAUCCACAACAUAGCAUAUCCACUGAUCUAGAGCUUGAAACAGAGCAUCAUACAAGCAUGAGGCCUUAUUCACAAUGUAGCAUAUCCACUGAUCUAGAGCUUGAAUCAGACCAACAGACAAAAAUGAGGUCUUAUCCACAACGUAGUGCUUCCACGGAUCUAGAGCUUGUUAGUCAAUUUGACACAGUCCAUGCAACACCAGCAGUCGUCCAAUCAAAUGAAGGUCAAGACAUUGUGCCAUCAGACCCACCUUCAGUUAUUCAACCGUCCCCUGACAUUAUAUCCAUUGGACGGUCAUCGCAAGAUGAUUUGGACCACACUGCAGAUAGUGAAUCUCAGAAUAGUGUUCCUUCCAUGAAUAUUGCUAGUGAUAGUACAUCCGUCAGUGAAUUAAAAUCUGAGGAGAAUUUUGAAGAUGGGAUUUUACCUGAUCUUGUUGACACAGCUGAGAGCCAUAUAAUAAAGCUGGAAGAGAUGAAUUUAUUACUGGCUGAUGAGUUGCAUUAUAAAACAGCAAACUUACAGCAGAUAACAGAAGAAAUCCAAAAGAUGCAAGAGGAGAUUGCUCAACUUGGAACUGAUAUUUCUGUUUCAAACCAAAUGAGUGAUGCCUCUAUGGGUGUUACUUUGGAGAAGGAACUCUGUAACAUUAAAAGUGAAGUUACACAGUUGGAGGAGCGAUUCAAGCCUGUUGAUGCACAACAACCCACUGUCAAUAAAUCUUCUCAGGAUGUUUCUAAGGAGACCCAAACAAAAGCAAAAAAAGCAGACGAUGAGAAAUCACUUGAGGAGAGUCUACGAGAGCGAGAGACUCUUGUGAAGCUGUUACAGUCAGAAAUAUCACGGCAGGCAAAUGAGAUAAAUUACCUACGCAGUCGUCAUCAAGGAUCCAGAAGGGGAAAGAGUUUCUGUAGUAGUGAUCGACCAGGGGCAAAGAUUAAUAAAAAGCGAAGCAACAGUGACAGAAUUCGUAGGACAUCAGAUGAAGAUAAAUUGAUGAUGAAGUUCUCAGGUGCAACAUUAAAAGAAGAGGUAACAUCAGUAAAGGUGCCAGUUUCUAAAAAAGUGACUGCAAGUGCCACUCAAAUUGGCAAUAAAACGAUCACAACAUCUGAUCGUCCGUUGAGUUGUGUUUCGACUGGUGCUGAACAUGAUGGUGCUAUCAGCUUAACAGCUUCUGGUAGCUCUAAGUAUGAGCGCCCCUUAAGUAUGAUAUCAGGGUGUACUGUUAUAAGUGAACGAGACCGGCCUGUUAGUAUUGCAUCUAGCCUUGCAUCCAGUGGAUCAACGCGAUUGGAAGUGACUAGUGAUAGUACGCCUUCUCUCGAGACAUUGCAUAUUUCAGCGGAGGAUAUAAGAUUAUCUGAGAUUUUGUCUGAAAGCGAGGAAAAUGUAGGAAGUAAUUCUGAGACUUUAGAAAAACAAGAUGGUGCCAUACCUAUUCCAAAGCCACACCAAGUAGCAUCCAGAAAUGCCUGUAAUUCACAUGGUAUAAAGUCAUCGACAAAAUAUCAAAACACCGAAGUCGGCAAACCUUCAAAGGAAAUACAGCCACAGAAGCCAUUAAUAAAGAGGCAUCAAUCUCUUAUCAAUGAUAGGGAGCAGGAGCUUAUCGGUAAGAUUAAAGAGACCUUGAAGGAAAGUGAAGGGAAGACAGAGGCCCCUCCACUUUCUCCUUCCAAGCUCACCAAGAUUGAGCCACAGAUAGAGCUUGUCAAACUGGCCAAGAGUCCUCAGAGUCAGAGAGUAGAUAUUGGACAGAAGGUUACAGCACAGACAGACACAGUGCGUCAGAAACCAGAAAUCCCAGAGAAGAAAUGGAGCCUUGAAAAAAGAGAGUCUAUUAAGAGAAUAAUUGAAAAUGAAGCUCUAAGUAAUGCAAAGAAACAUGGAGUUGACAGAUUUUCAAAAGCCACUGGAAAAGUUGUCACCAGAAGAGCUACUUCUGAUGACAUUAGGAGCAGUCCAGCAGUUUGGAAAGAUCCCAUGUUCAGCAAGCGACGAGAUUCUUUUGAAAGUUUAGCCAAGUUAUCAAAUGAUAAUACACAAUCAAAGCAAUUGUCAGACAAUUUAACCAACCAGGAUGAAAAUCAAGUACAGAAUUUAAAGAAAAAAUUUAUGCAACAUCGUGUUGGAAAAAAUAUAGAAACACUUCCUUCAGUUAAUGUAUUGAAACCACGCUCUUACAGAACAGCACGUGAGCUACCAAAAGAGGGAUGUGUUAAGCAAUUGAGCCAAGCUUUCUCACUGGGUAAUCUUGAUGAAACAAAAACUCUGACUGGCAGCACGCCUCAAAGUUUAUCCCCAGCUUCAUCUUGCAGCUCAAUUCCAGUUAUUGCUUAUAGUUCAACAGUUGCUACUCAUAUUCGUCGCUUGAAAAAUCGCACAACUGACAGUUCCUUUGAAGAAGGUUACUCCGAGCGACCAAAAUCUGAUCCAAAGUCUAACUUAAAUAAUCAACUAACCCAAGUAACUGAUUCUGCACAUACAAAAUCUUCCCCAGAUCUUGCAAUAAAAAAUGAAGACAAGAAACCAGAUGAAGAAAAGUCAAAAUCUUCUCCUAAAAAAGAAAAACCAUCUGUCCCAAGAAAGAAACCUCAAAGUUCUAAAUCAGUUGAUAAUAAUGCAGAAGAUAGGAGAGCAAGAAGGAAUGGUGCUGUAUUUACUUAUACUGUUUCAGUUGAUGGAUCUGAUGUUAAGUCUUCUAAAGAUCAAACUAAAAUGAAGGAAUUAGUCAACACCGAUCAAAGACCUUACUCUCGGCAUGCGAGUAAUAAACUUGACACACAAACAGAGGAUAGUGUUACAUUUACUGUCAACAAACGAACAGGUUUUGGAAGAAAGAAUAAUACGACUGAAAAUCAAAACAACAACAAUACCUCCUAUGAUCAUCUUUCUCGUGGGCAACGCUCUAGCAUCUCAGAUAGAAAGCAAUUGUUUGAAAAAUUUGAAAGCACAGUAAACAAACCAUCAACUCCAAGAAAAAUUGCUGUUGAAAUUAAAGUGCUAAAUAAUUUAGCUCUUGUAGGAGGUAAAGAAGAUGAAGAUACAUCCACCAACUCAUUAAAGAUAUCUUCAUGUCCUCAGGCAUCGACAGAGAAGAUAGCUUCUUCUGGUUCUUCGACAGAGAAGAUAGCUUCUUCUGGUUCUGAGAAAUCGUUAGUUUUAACUGAAAAUAUACCAUCAUCACCAAAGAAAAAUGCCACAAAGGAAUCUGAAUUGGCUUCCAGUGAAGAAAGAAAUAACGAAAAAGUUGUACGACGGCAGCGAAAGUUUAGCUCGCGAGAGAGUAAUAAUAACCAAUUAGAUUCAAAUAUCAAUAACAACAACAACAAUAAUAAUGAAAACAGUAUCCAACCAGCUAUUGAACAAAAACGUCGUAAAAAGAAUUCAAAAGUUGAAAGAAGGCCAUCAAAAAAGAACCAUGAUAUUCAAAAGUCUGGUAAAGAAAUCAAAGCUGAAAAACAAGUACGUGAACGCAAAUCCUCUACCUCAAAAGUUGAACCGCGUGAUAUCAAAUCUCCUAAUAUAAGCCAAACCAAGAAAAAAAAAGAUUCUUCAGAAGGAGUUACUAAUAAUAGGUGGUCAUUCACAGGUAAACAUAAAGAGGAUGCUAAAGUGGAUUCAAAACAAACACAGAACACUGAUAAGGGAAAGGGAAAGAAACGUUCAAGCUCAAAGCAGCGUUCAAAUGGCUCUACAGAUUCCCUGUUCUCCAAAAGUCGCGACUCUAAGGAAAGAAGUAGUUCAUCUUCAUGUGCAGCUGAAGGACAGGCAGCUAGCCAACAGCAUCGCAAAGGAAGCACUGAAUCCAAAGAUGGCACUUCAGAAACCAGUGAGCCUCGGGAAAGAAGGUCAAGAAUUGACAAACAAUCUAGAAGAUCACGUUCCCGUAAUAAGCCUGAUCGGGUUAACUUCUUCGAGCUUAUUAAGAGAUCACCUUCAGUUGACGGUUCAAAAAUACCCCAAGAGCAAUCUAUGAAGCCGGGAAGGCCAGUGCGGGCUCAGUCUGUGGAUCGAACAUCAAGAAGCAGCUGGUUUUCAAAGAAGACAGAUUCAAUUACAAACUUUCUUAGAAUGUCCAAUGUUGAUGACUGCAUUGAAAUUGAUGAUUGGUCUGAGUAUCUAGACUUUUGUCAAGACACUCUUGAUUAUUUGCAUGAAGAUUACACACGAUGCUGUCAUAACGAGGAUGUGUGGCAGCUACACGAUGAGUUGCACAACAUACGAGAAACCAGUAUACUGACAUAAAUCACUAGAUACUUAGUUCUGCAUGUAAGGAAUUAACGUGAUAUAAGAAGAGGGCGUUACAAGAACUUACUGCUAUGCUAGUGCUCUACAGGAGUGAAUACAUUCUACAAGUACAGAUGAUAAUGGUCAUCCAAUAUGUAUGCGUAUUUCAGCUAUUAUUAUGCAACUUCCAUGAUAGAAGCCAGUGUAAUUUAUAAUUUAAGCAUGAUCUUGAAUAAUUUCUCCACCAUGAGAAGGUUAAAGGACAUUCUUGCCUUUGGUGUUUAUAAUGUUGAACAUAUGUAGAGUGAGAACAUUGCACAUAUUAGAGAUAGCUGGAGCAUUAGCACCUAUUUUAUAACAAAAUGUGGACUAUUAGCACCUAUAUAAUAAACUAAUAAUUUACACCUUAUGGAAUCCAGUGUGCUAUAGAUAUGUAAACUUGUUCUUAAAACAUAAAGGAUCAUGCAAAAAGGACAAAGGAUGUGGAUUAGUAAUUGUGGAUGUCAACAGAUAUUUGAAGGUACCCUAGUACAAGAUAUUUAGAUACAAGUUCACAUGUUUUUGCAUCUUGCCUCAGGGUAUUGUACACGACAGGGUGACAGAUUUGUAAUUUUGGUGCUUAAUUGAAAUUUGACAAUGUACCUGCUUAACCUUACUGAAAUAAUGCAAACAUAACAUGUAUUUAUAGUAGAUUUUUGUAUAUAUUGUAUAUUAAAAAUAGAGGUAUUGAUUUUAGUUGAUUGUUUAAAAAAACCUUAAAAGUAUAACUACCCAUAAAUUUUUUAUACUAUAUAUUAAAUAUAUGUAGAGUGAAAACAUAAAAUUUAUCUAAUGUUUGUAUAUUUUAUAAAGCAAAAGUAGUUCAAACCAAAAUUGCUAUUAAUGAGGGCAGUAGGACUGAUAGGCCAGCAGUUUCUGUACGUAUUCAAACCCAUAGAUGCACAAGUAUGCAAGCAAUAGUAGUAAUAAAUACGCAACUAAAAGUAUGUAUGUUUUUUCUCCAUUUCAUUUGAACAAUUUGGGUUUGUACAGCAAAAAUGGAUAUUCCUUGGUUUCUGUCCAUAAAACAAUAAAUCAAUUAUUUCUUAUUUAUUCAAAAAACCUCCAGAACAGAGAAGUAGAAUGAACAAUAAUACCAAAUCAUUUUGAUGUAGCUUUCAAUAUGACAUGAUCAGAUAUGCAGCCAUUUUAUUUAAUACUUAGCACAUCUGUAGGGGCUGAUCCAGUGCCCACCCCUUCCCCUAAAAAAUAAAUAUAUUUAAAAAAAAAGAGGGGUGCACUACAGUACUCCAAAAUAGCAAUUUAUUUAAAUUCUGUGUAAUUUUGCAGAUUUCGGGGGAGUGGAGGGUGUAAUAGAAAUAAACAUAAAAAUUAUUUUUUAAGAAAUUUUUCGCUGUCUGGCCAAAUAUAAAAUUUUAUUUUUAUUCAAAUUAACCAUUUUUGGAGGUUGGAGGGUUCGCUAAAAAGCUACUAAGAGAUUACCAUGUUGAAAACACUGAUGAUUUGAUGUUGUCUUUGAUGUUGACAUCCGAUGUUUCUACUCUUGUAAAUUUUAUUCAAAAUGUAUUGAUUUAGGCCUACCAUUAAUAAGUUGUAGACAUCACAAAAGUUACAUGAAGCUACAUUCAGUAGUGGAUAUUUCGUGGGUGGAGAGGGGGGGGGGCGGUAGGGGAAUGCCAAAAUAUAGAUAUGUUAUAUCAGAUCAUAGCCAUCGAAGUAUCAUUAAAGCAGUUGGUGGGGGAAGGGAGGGUUUGGCAUUUAACAAAUUUGGUAGUAACUGAAGACUGGAAAUUUGCUACUUACGCCUAUCCGUGGAUACAGAAUGUUAAAGCAAGGUCUGAGAGCAUAUCCAGUCCAGCCCCACUAUGGUUUGUGAACAACUUUUUCGGCACCUCUGGAUGCAUGGAAAUAGCAGCUGGCAAACCUGUAGAGCUGCUACCCCUCCCCAUUGGCAGACACAAGAUUUACUGUUAGUGGAGAUUAGAGUCCAUACCCACCUCAGCCUCACAUGAUUAGGGCUGAGGUGAGCACAUUUUAAAAUAUGGCACCUAAAUAUAGCAACUUUAUUGUCAUAAAAAUAUGUAGUACAGUACAAGGUUAAAAAUGUUAAUACCUGGACACAGACGUUAGUAGCAGGACUCAAAAUAAUGAGCAAAUCACAAUUUGUAGGACUAUUUUAAAUCAGGUGAAUAAGACAAAUGUAAGACUAAUGCGAAAAUGAUAAAUUGCUCAAAAUUAUAUUCAUAUCAUUGCCAUAACUAGGUGAAUUGUGUUUCUUAAUUCUCCAUGAAUAAAUAAUGUGCAAGAAAUACAUAUAUACUGUAAUACAAUGAAGAACAAUGACUAUAAAAACUGUGAUUAUAUUUACACGGAUGUGCAGGCUUUUGUAAAAUAUAAAUAAUAUGCAAUUAAAUAAAACAUGUUAUGAAUACACAGGAUAAAAUAUACAAUGGAAAUGGCCCUCCUAAGCCUACAUCAUGAAUACUGUAUACAUCAUGAAUACUGUACUGUUGAAGAGUUUUGACAAUUUUAAGUACAGUUCCUUGCAAAAAUUAGAUGAGUUGUACUAUCAAUUGAAUUGUUAAUUUUUAAGUGUUGUGUUUGAUUCUGGUUACACAUUAAUAAUUAGUCAAUUCUUGAUAUAUUUAUGGCAGACAGACCAUGUACAGUAGGUAUAGGUAUACCUCCAUGGACAGAUCUAACCAGGUGAGACAACUGAUAAAGUACAGUACUAACAUAAAAGUUUCUUUUGUGAAAGAGUGAAGAGCACAAUGUUGCUGAAUGGGGUUGGAUUUACAGGGGGCCAGAGGUCAUAUCACUAAAUUUGUUUACUUUGAUGGCCAAAAAAAUAUGAAGUGAUGAUAACAUUGAAGGUGAUGAUGAUGAUGAUGAUGUCAACGAUGAUGAUGUUGACAUAAGUGGUGGCAUGCUUCGAGUGAUGGAGACACUAUGCAGAUUAUCAUUAAUGGUAAGCCUGAUGUGAACAACUUUGAAAAUAUGGCUUCACUAGAUGCCCAAAAAUAGCAGCUCAUCUUGCAAAUCAGCUACCCCUAUUCCAACCCCAUGCUGGGGCAGAUACAGGAUUUAAAUUAUAUAUAUAUAUAUAUAUAUAUACAAGAACAACCACUGUGAUUAAAAUUUACUAGAAUUAUUAUGGGUAGGACUACGAUUGACAAAAAACUGGGAAGCAAACACUUUAUUAUUUACCGAAAGAGCAAAUCAAAGGAUGGUUUUCCCGAGAUAAUUAAAAACCUUUAAUAUAAGCUCUGAAAUGUUAAAAACCUGAAACUCUAUUUGAUAGACAUUUUAGAGAAGAUAAUUCACAAUUGAAAUACUGCUAUGUCUCGUCUUGGUGGGCGAGGACCUUCUUUCAGCUGAUGGGUCAUGGUGGUCUCUUCUUGUUCCGGAGACACCACCCACCCAUAUGAUUCUCUCACGGAAUGUAUUUUUUAUUCUUUCAUAUUUCUGAAUUGCAUGUACUCUACUACUGUUUUUGCCUAUCAGAUCAAUCAACACUAAUUUCAUUUUUACCAUGUUAAAAUGAAAAUAAAGGAGUCGUACAAAUUGGUUGGCCUUGUUUACAUGUUUUAUACUUCAGUUAUCCUGAGUUUGUAAAUUAUUUCCCAAUUAUUGACAUUUUAUGUGUAGAAGUCAGCUUGAAUUACUUAGUACCUUUCAAAUGACAGAUUGCUCAAAUGACAAUGAUUAGUGUCAGUUAUUGUUUCUUGAUUGCAGCUCACUUGACGAAGUGGCCUCCAUACAAAAUUGUUACAUGGCGGCUUAAUUUCUUGGGGUUGAUGAAGUGGCCUCCUAUACAAAAUUGUUACGCGACGGAUCAAUUUCUUGGGGUUUUGUGUCCAAUGAAUUCAAAAUUUAAAAAAAAUAAAUAAACAGUCUCAGAUCCUAUUUCCUGACAUUCAGCUUCUUCCCUCGUACACUAAGAGACUGGGAUUCUCUCUUCCAUGUAACAAAAUAGAAUUAUCUGUCAUUCAUAAGAGGCUAUAAAAAAAAAAGUAAUUUUGAUAAUCAUCAUCAGUUUAUUAAAGUAUUAUUAUUGCUUUUAUUUAUUAUAAUUAUUUAUGAUAUUUAUUGUCAUUAUCAUUAGUUUUGAUUGGAAGUAGCAGAACCGAGGAAAACCAGAAGUGAAAUGGCUGCUGCCCCAGAAAUCACCUACAGUGGUCGGCUGGAGGGCAGUGGUUCCAUCUAGAUUUCAGGUUUGUUAAAUUUCCACAUUCAUUUACUAAAAUAUACAUACAGUAUAUACAUAUACAGUACAUAAAUUAAAGUUUAGUAGUGAAAAUAAUGUUGGCGGAGUAUAAAUUUAAAUUCUUGAAACUUGCCAGGGUAGAGUUGCACAUACAGUGUAUGUAUAUGUGUAUAUAUAUAUAUAUAUAUAUAUCAUGCAUGCCCUACUAGUAGAUUCAAGACAUUUAAUAAUUAUUUAGAAUACCGAUCUGGCUGCAGAUAAGCAGGAGCCUAGGACAAUUUUCCUUUUUGGGAUUUGGGAUGGCUUACUGGCGUAAGCCAUCACUCAGUUGCUGUAUCACAAUCAUCGCACCAUGCACGUUUGUUCAUUAAAGUUCAUACACAUGAAUAAUCAAUAAAUCAGACUAAUGAAUAUUUUACUGGACUCUGCAUUGAGACAAGUGGUAAAGAAAAAAAACAAUUGUUUUGAAUAUGCUGUUGUACAGUUUAAUUAAUUUUCAAACAGUUCUAAUGCAUAUAUGUACUAUAUUUAAACAAUGAUGAAAGUUUAAUGUGCAUUUGGUCUAGAAUUUUAGGCUCAUCUAAGAUGAACAUUUGUGAACAUUUGUGAACAUUUACUAAAUACGUCACUACUCAAUUUUAGAAACAUUACAACACGAUUCUAUGAGGCGCACAUUGAUAAACAUUAUAAACGGCUUCUGUUAUAAAGUUUCUAAUGUUAAAGCAAAUAAAAAUUGGUCAAUGCAUAAUUCCACAUGUCUGCUCUAACCUAAUUGUUGAGUUGGAAAAAUUAUUUUUGAAAUA